CAUCCGCGACCAGCAGAUGCUCACAAUGGCUCAGCAGCCAAACAACGAAGAAGCGGCCACAUUAAUUCCUCCACAAAAAGUUUCAGGAGAGGCAAGAAGUUCGGUGAUAUCUGCGUCUUUUAAUUUCAUCAAUUCCAUCAUAGGAUCUGGAAUAAUAGGUUUACCUUACGCACUGAGCCAGGCAGGACUCCCCUUAGGCCUUCUGCUGCUGAUAAUUGUUGCAUUCAUCACGGACUAUUCAAUAAUCUUACUCAUCAAAGGAGGCGACAUGUCAGGGACAAACAGCUAUCAGUCGCUGGUUCAGAGCACAUUUGGUUUCCCUGGAUUUCUGAUCCUAUCUGGACUGCAGUUCCUUUAUCCUUUCAUUGCUAUGAUUAGCUACAACAUCACAACUGGCGACACACUGACCAAAGUAUUUCAGAGAAUACCAGGAGUCGGUCCUGAUCACAUACUCGCAGAGCGUCACUUUGUGAUCCUGCUGUCAACCAUCGCAUUCACGUUGCCUCUCUCGCUUUAUCGAAACAUCGAGCGACUCGGGAAGGUGUCCUUCCUGUCAAUGGUGCUGACACUUACCAUCCUCAUCGUUGUAAUCAUCAGAGCAGCUACCUUUGGACCCCAAAUUCCCCCUACAGAGAAUGCAUGGGCAUUUGCAAAGUCAAACGCAAUUCAGGCAGCUGGUAUCAUGUCUUUUGCCUUUAUAUGCCACCACAACAGCUUUCUCAUCUAUGGUUCCCUGGACCAGCCCACACUGGCCAACUGGUCUCGGGUCACCCAUGUGUCUGUAGGCUCUGCGUUAAUGAUCAGUGCCACAUUUGCUGUUGCUGGCUACACCACCUUUACUGGCUACACACAAGGAGACAUAUUUGAGAACUACUGCAGAGAUGAUAACCUCGCAACAUUCGGUCGCUUCUGUUUUGGCCUCAGCAUAAUAACCACAUUUCCACUGGAGUGUUUUGUUACACGAGAGGUGCUGUCAAAUGUCAUUUGCAGUAGGGACCUAUCAAAAGCCGAGCAUGUGGCCAUAACGCUGCUCAUAGUUGCAGUUUGCACGUCGAUAUCUUUGGCCUUUGACUGUCUGGGAGUUGUUUUGGAGCUGAAUGGCGUUCUGAGCGCCACACCUCUGAUCUUCAUCAUUCCAUCCGCAUGCUUCCUCAAGCUCUCCACCGGCAGCUGGUUCCAGGGUGAAAACCUGAUAUCCACAGCGCUGAUACUAAUUGGCUUGUUUGUCAUGAUCACCGGCUUGAUCAUGACUGGCCUCUACCCUCAGGACUGCUCACACGGAAAGGAGAUGUCCUACUGUGCAGACGCCAAUGUGUCUGGCACCGUACCGCCUGUAUGAUAUGAUUUUUAUUCUUUUUAUUGUUAACAGAACUGAAAUUACAUGGAAAACUGUGUGCACAUGGAUA